UAGAAACCCAGCAUUCGUUGGUUUCGGCUAUUCCCAGCAUGCCAGCAUAUAACGUUCUGUUCUGUUAUAUUCUGGGACCGUGGGUCCGCAGAUAAAGUGUUUGAACUACAGAAGGUUCUCUUCGAUAGGAGUGUUAAGGAUUACUGUAUCUGAAACCUACAGACCCACACAAGUUUUGGAACCGUGAAUCGUGGCGCUUUUGUGAAUGUAAACCUUGGUCGUUCGCGAUUAAAUGCUCACAGCUGUAAUGGGUGUUGAUGAUGUAUUUGAUAGCAUAGCCCAGGACUGAACAUGCAACACACACGCACACCGACUUCGAACUUAAACAGCGCUGCGGUUCGGCUCGGCAGUAUGCGAUGUGAUUACUGAUACAGUCACGUGCGUUUUUUUUCUUCUUUAGGACCCAGGGGGAGUGAUUGGCACGGAAAGACAGUUCGCUGUUUGAGUGGUGAAAACAGAUAGAAGACCGAGGGGAAGACAGUCACCUGGUGGUGAAGGACCGUAAAACAAGAUAAAGGAAAUCUCUGCGCUGCCAGAAAUCCACCUUCCCUCUCCCUUUAACUCUCAACAUUUUUUCUUCGCUGACAGAGCAGGAGAAUUCAGAUGCAUAGGCUCUUCCAGUGCGAACACGACAGUAGUGAUUCUGUUGGAACUGCGCUCACCAAGGAAAGAACACAUCUUUGGGUUUUGGCUACAGAUCACGAGUCUGAAACGGGUUUUCCUGAUACAUCGAUUACCGGGAUUUAGAAGCACCGUUCUUUGCGCGCUGCCCCUCCAAACUGAACACAUUUCUUAAAUUUGCCGCAUCAAGAUGUUGAAGGAACCGGGUUUCUGGGUUUGCAGCAGCAGUUUUGCCUGCCGCUUGCUCAUUGCCGGAGACAAACCGACCUCACGUUGAUGGAAUAAGAAUUAUCUGGCUAAAUUAGCUGGGAGAGUCGUCUAACUGACAAAUCAUCCCCACUAAUUUACUGAGAAGUGUGAAGUGAAUUAUUAUUUUUGCUUUAUUUAUUUAUUUUUUAGCUUCGGGAUUCGUGAUCAGUGGGAAUGAGACUGAUGAUUUCUGCAGGGGAUAGGCGGACUGGGACGAGUUUAAGCCGGGAACUACAAGUCUAGAAUUUAACAAGUUUGAAAGACUUCAUCUACGUAUAUGGACCGAUCAGCGUCAUUGGAUAUUGAGGCUCUGAAGAUGACCCAGGAGCAGUACAUGCUGGCGGCCCAGCCCAACCACCUGCAGCGGCCGGCCUGCGCUCAGGCCUACCCGGUGGGCAUAUACGGCUGGAGGAAGCGCUGCCUCUACUUCUUCGUCCUGCUGCUGCUGGUCACCAUGAUCGUCAACCUGGCCUUGACCAUAUGGAUCCUCAAGGUCAUGAACUUCACAGUGGAUGGAAUGGGCGAUCUUCGCAUAACCAAACAAGGCGUGAGGUUGGAGGGCGUGUCCGAGUUCCUCCUCCCACUCUAUGUCAAAGAAAUGCAAUCGAGGAAGGACAGCCCCCUGGUCCUGCAGUCGGACAGGAACGUGACGGUCAACGCCAGGAACGGCCUUGGUCAGCUGACGGGACAGCUGACAGUGGGGUCUGAGAUGGUGGAAGCACAGUGCCAGAGGUUCGAGGUGCGCAGCAGCGACGGGGAGAAGGUUCUGUUUUCGGCCGAUGAGGAGGAGAUCAGCAUCGGCGUGGAGAAGCUGCGGGUGACAGGAACAGAGGGAGUGGUCUUUGAACAUUCCGUGGAGACGCCACACGUCCGAGCAGAACCUUUUCAGGACCUGAAGCUGGAGUCCCCGACCAGGACCCUGGUGAUGGAGGCCCCCAAGGGGGUGGAGAUCAGCGCGGACGUGGGGGACCUCAGAACCACCUGCCGAAAAGACCUGCUGCUGCAGUCCACGGAGGGAGAGAUAUUUUUGAACGCGAACACAAUCCGACUGGGGAACAUCCCGCAUGGCACACCGGCGACGCCGCUGGGGCCGACGUACCCGAAACUGACUGUCUUUGAGCUGUGCGUGUGCCCGAGCGGGAAGCUGUACCUGUCCCCCGCCGGGACGGGGUCCACCUGCCAGUCCACCAGCAACGUCUGUAUGUGGAGCUGAAGGCGGUCUCCAUGUCCUCCACCAGAAAAGCCUUUGGUACAGUACUGUCCUCACAACCUUCCUGGCCCCGCCCCCUUGCCUCCUGUCCCUUUUAACCCCUCCCUCGAUUGCCCUUUCUCCGCCCCCCCCACCCCGCAAACCACACCCCUUCGACCCCUCCCCUCCAGUCGAAAAUCAGGAAUCGCAGAAACGCUACCAGGGCCUGUUCCCUCUUCCUUCCGGACCGUACAGGAGCAAAAACAGAGCCUCUUUUUUAUUUUUGUAAACAGACUUGGAAACAGAGAUGCUUUGGUGGAGGGUGGGGGAGCGAGCAGGCGGGGGUGGGGCUACACAAACCAGGGGAGCGGAGAGGUGUGCACACGGAAUGUCCGGAGGUUCCCGUAUGAACUGUCUACGAGAAAAGGAACUAAACAAAAAAAUAAACACAGGUGCCUUUGCUAAUGUCGGUGAAGCACAUCAUUUACGGCAUAUACCACUCUCAUCGUUGGUUUCACGAAUACUGACUUCACUAUCUCUCUCUCUCUCUUUCUGUCUCUCUGCAUAAGGACCGAUUUUUUUUUCCUCACAAAUUCCCCCUUUCUCUUCCCUCUGAAUGAAAUCCACGUGAUUCUUCUACAGUAUGCAUUUCUUUACUGUUUUACUAAAAAGCACAACUUAUGCCAUGUAUAUAAAAAUCCAAAUAAAUGAUAAAAAAGUUUAAAAAUAUACAGGUUUUUAAAGAUUCUGUAUCUGAGAAUGCUCAACGGUACUUUAUAAUAUUUAGUUACCACAGUCAUGUAUAUUUUUAUGUGUUUGCUUUGAGGGGUCAAAGUAUUCCCAAUCAGUCUUUUUCUACAAUUAAUAUGUUAAAUAUUGUGUAAAAAAAAUACCUUUGAAGUUAUUUCUGGGGGACUACUAAAAAUUAUUCUGUUGAUCCCAAGAACAGGCAGUAUUUUCUUUUGUUUUCAGUUCCAACAGGUGGCAACCAAAUCCACUUCUAAGAUUCAUACACGAUUUUCCUUGCAUAACUUCCAACCUCAAUAAAAAAAGAAAUUAAUGAAGCAUAUAAUUUGUUAACUCUGUUAGACACAAUAAAAUUGGUAUUUUAUCCAGUCGAAGGAAGGUGAAUAUUUUGCUUUGUCAACAGUGAUUCAGAAAGUGUGUCAGGCAGGACCGCGCGGUGUCCCUGGGGACAUCGUUAACGAGGAAGAGCGAGUGAUUAAACGCAUGGUGCUGUUUCACUGCAACCACAACGCGCUCUCCAAGAGCGGGCCUCCCACCAGAAACGUGCGACAGCACACACGUGUUCCAGUCUGAUUUGGGCCACGUGACCUGAUUUGGGCUAUGGUGACAUCUGCCCACCGGUGUUCCAAGGUUGAGGUUUUGCACUACCCCCUAGUGAUUUUCACCCAUUUGGCUGGCAACAGAAACAACGGGGUUGCGCUCGCUGGAAGAGGACGAUUUCGAAAGAGAUCGAUUCGAUCGAACUGCCGUAACAGCGGAAGUUAUUGCUAUUGGAAUUCAUUGAGGAUUUCCCUUGUUCAAAACCCUACUGCCUGAAUUAGUGACGAGUGGCCUGACCUCAGCCAAGAUCACUUCAUAACUGAACUGACCCCUUUUUUCCAGCAGGUAUGCUUAACAGACUGAGUACAUAGACUGUUUUCCUGUUAGAAUAAAAUUGCACAUGAAAGACACACAUAGCGUGCAUUCUCAUUUGGACUAAGUAUAGCUCUCACACUAAAUCCCUGCAUGCACGACAGCUAUAUGUUUCUGACUUGCUGUUGUGCUCAGCUUUACUUCUGUUGUUUAUGACAUAUUAUUUAUGUACAUACUGUUGUAAAUAACGUAUUUUAAAAUUAUUGGAAAAUAUAUUUUCUUAUAAUUCUA